AUGAUUAUUUUAUUACUGCUACGAAGCACGCUGUUGCUUCUCGUAGCAAACUAUUCUUUUGCCCAAGAAUGGUACAGCCAAGACAAUUAUGGACCCAUGUAUUACGAGCCAAACACAGUGGAGGAAUUAAAACCUUCAUUUGUGGAAAAGCGGCAGGCAGAGAGCUUAGCCACUGAAUCAAAGUCUUUUUAUUUGUCGGAGCACUCUGCGUCUAACUUCCGUGAAAAACGAGACAUAGGUGACGUCGACGCUAAAAAAAACAGUAGUGACGUCAUGGAGUAUACCACAAAUGAAGGUGUUAAUCACUUGGCUGAUAUGUCCGAAGAAAAUGACCAAUCAUUUGAUCCAGACAGCUCUCUGGAAGCGACCUCGCACAGUCCGACCAAUGACAGCUAUGAAUAUAUGCAAAGUCCGACCAACAGCAGCUCUGAGUACGUAGAAAGUCCUAACAACAGCAGCACUGAGUACAUGGAAAGUCCUAACAACAGCAGCACUGAGUAUGAAGAAAGUCCUAACAUCAAUGGCUACGAAAACGCACAAGACGUUGCCAAUGAUAGCUACGAGUUCACACAAAGUAUUGCAAAUAAUAGCGUUGAAUAUGCAUCAAAUGUUGCCGAAGAUAGCCACGACAAAGCUCAAACCGUUGCCAAUGAUAGCUACGAAUUCACUCAAAGUGUUGCAAAUAAUAGCGUCCAGUUCGCACCAAAUGUUGGUAAAGACAGCUACGAAAACGCACAAAACGUUUCCAACAGUAGCUACAGUAUAACUGAUUCCAACCAAGUGAAUGAAAUGCCGAAUGAAACAAUGAAAACUGGACCUGAAGGGACUGAAAUGUCUCCAUUAACACCCUACGUCAUGCACAAAGGCUCGGCCGAGAGCAGCGCGAACGACGGUCGUAUGGACGUGACAGAGGAACCAAAGGAUUAUGGCGCAGGAGACCUAGAAACCAAACCUGUCGAUACAGCCCCUAGCCAUGAGACCUCUGGAACACCUGACUUCAUGGAGGAGGUCGACGAAAGCUCUGGCUCUGAAAAUUCCAAUGAUCGAGAAAAUGAUGAUGAGGAGAACAAAGCGAAAAAUGGAAGUAUAGACGAUAGGAAUAAAAGUGAUGAUAGUGCUAACGCCAGGAAAGAAACUAACGGAAGGAAAACGACGCCCACGUCGGCAAGCCGGGGUGAAGAUAGCAGUGGAAAUUUCAAUAACAAAGAAGUCGAUGAUUUGUUUACAGACUACGACGAGGAUGAGUAUGAGGAUGAACAACCGGUGAAGAGACAAAAUUUG